AAAACGUUGUUUAGAGCGGUUGUGAGCAUACAGUUUUUUAUAUUCAAUAAGAAAAAAUAUAUAUUAAAUUGUUUAUUAUUAUUGUUGUUGCUGUUGUUUAAAAUAAAUUAACAGUGUUUAAGAUAACGAACACAUUACACAAAUCUGCAUAUUUUCCUGCAUGUUUUAGUCAUUUUUAAACACACACAAAAUGAGUGACUUUGAAGAAUCUCCCCAACCUGCGGACACAGAACCGCUUUUAAUUUCACAAGCCCCUUUGGCUGAAAUAAGCGAAACACCACCCGAUCCCAUUGACUUUGACGUCGAAGAGGAAAAAGAAAACGAAGUGGCUGAGGCUAAAAAAUUGGAUGAUAUGGCAGCCGCUAGCAAGGAAUUGGUUAGUGAUGCUCCGCCAAAACCUUCAACUGCCGAGGACAGUAUAUUUGCUGUCAUUUAUACGGUGGCCAAAAAAGUCGCCAUAGUUGGUACAAUUUAUGCUGUCGGCUAUAUGGGUUGGUCGGUGGCAUGGCUUAUUGCUCCCGUUAUAUUGUCAGUGGCUCGUGAUCGUUUCCGCAAGACAACCGAACAUAAACGCAAUAUUGCCAAGGCCUCGGCUAUGGCUUCAGAGAAGGAGGUGAUAUUGGCUAGAAUUGAUGAACUGCCAGCCUGGGUAUACUUUCCCGAUGUGGAGCGCUGUGAAUGGGUCAAUAAGAUCCUGAAACAACUCUGGCCCAAUGCCAAUCACUUUGCCCGCACUCUAGUCAAGGAGACCAUUGAACCAGCUGUCGCUGAAUCUCUGGCACAAUAUAAAAUGAAUGGUUUUCGUUUCGAUCGCAUUAUACUGGGCACCAUACCACCACGCAUAGGCGGUGUUAAGGUGUACGAUAAAAAUGUGGGACGUAAUGAGAUCAUUAUGGAUUUAGAUCUAUUCUAUGCCAGUGACUGUGAUAUUAAUUUCUAUUUGGGAGGCAUGAAGGGUGGUAUUAAAGAUUUCCAGAUACAUGGCUGGGUGAGAGUGGUGAUGAAACCGCUGAUACGUAGUAUGCCUUUGGUGGGGGGCUUGCAGAUAUUCUUUUUGAAUAAUCCCAAUAUUGAUUUCAAUUUGGUGGGUGUUAUUGAUUUUAUGGAUAUGCCGGGCUUAAGUGAUUUAUUGCGUAGAAUUAUUGUGGAGCAGAUUGGCAAUGUAAUGGUGUUGCCCAAUAAGCUGCCCAUAACGUUGAGUGAUGAGGUGCCGGCAACGGCUUUGAAAAUGCCUGAACCAGAGGGCAUUUUACGCAUACAUGUGGUGGAGGCUAAGGACUUGAUGAAAAAGGAUAUAGGCAUGCUGGGCAAGGGUAAAUCCGAUCCUUAUGCCAUUAUCAAUGUAGGCUCUCAAGAAUUCAAAACUCAAAUUAUUGAUAACAAUGUUAAUCCCAAAUGGGAUUAUUGGUGUGAGGCCAUUGUUAAUUCUCCCAUAGGCCAAGAGGUGGUAUUUCAUUUAUGGGAUUCUGAUUUAUCGGAUUUUGGUAUACAAAAUGAUGAUCCAUUGGGCAGGGCAUCUAUCGAAAUUAUCAAUGCGGUUAAAAGAGGUGUGGUGGAUACGUGGUUAACCUUGGAAGAUGCCAAACAUGGUUUGUUGCAUGUACGCCUACAGUGGUAUAAACUUACCGCUGAUCCUUCGGACCUACAAGCCGCUCUCUUAGAAACCCAACUACUUAGAGUAACCUCCAUGAGUACUGCCUUAUUAACUGUUUUUAUUGACUCCUGCAAGAAUCUCAAACAAGCUCGUGUUCACUCGAAACCCGAUCCCUAUUUGGUGGCCAGUGUGGGCAAACAGAAGCAGCAAACAGCCAUGAUUAUGCGCGAUGAUUCACCGGUAUGGGAACAAGGCUUCACCUUCCUGGUGGGCAAUCCCGAUAAUGAUACUUUGCAAAUUAAAAUCUACGACCAAAAGACCGGCAAUGAAAUUGGUCAAUAUGGUUAUGUUAUAGCCUCCCUAAUGAAUAAGCAGAAUAUGGAGCUGGUGUCACAACCUUUCCAAAUUCAAAAAUCGGGACCAGAAUCUAAACUAAUAAUGUCUCUGUCCCUGAGGAUAUUGAAAAAGGCCGAAAUUAUAGAGGACCCAGACAAUCCAGAGCCAACUAGCAAUUACCCGCAAUUGUCGCGCACCACAUCUGUUAGCAAAACGCCCAGUAUACACGAGAAAACCUCACCCAAGGACUUACAAUCUCAAUCUAGUCGCAUUUCUUCAACCGAAUCUCCUUUGACCGAAGAAGAGCCCAACCUAAAAGUCUCCACUUCUGCCAAUCUACAAUCGAUUACACCACCCCGCAGUCCUAAGCCAUUUGUUGCCGCCCUAAUAGGCGGUGAUUCGGUAUUAACUCAUCGUGUACCCGAUUUAACUUCCUCACCCGGAGAAUUCGGUUUGGGCCGCCUGCAAAUGACUUUACACUAUAUGGUGCAACGUCAAAAACUGUUUGUUACUAUUCACAAGAUAAUGAAUAUUCCCCUGAGAGAUCCGACCAAUAUACCCGAUCCUUAUGUUAAGUUAUAUUUAUUGCCGGCACGCAAUAAAGAAUCGAAACGUAAGACCAUUGUGGUGAAGGACAAUUGUAAUCCGGUGUAUGAUGCCACUUUUGAGUAUUUGAUAUCAACGGCUGAGCUGAUGCAAUCCGAAUUGGAGGUUACGGUGUGCACCCAAAAGGGUUUCUUGUCGGGCGGUAGUCCUAUUAUUGGAAUGCUCAAAAUUCCCCUUAAUGAAAAUGAAAUCUCUGAGGAAGGCCUAACAACUUGGUUCGAUUUGCAGCCAGAACAUAAACAUGACUAAAUUUGAAAAAGAAUAAUAAUAAAUACUGUAAUCUCGUAAUAUACUUUUUAUUUUUGGAUACAACUUAACAAAAGAAAUCAUAUAAUACUAAUAGCUCUCUCUAUCUUUUUAUACACUUAGAAAUAUAUUGUUUUUUACAACAGCUUAUUUUUCUUAUAAAAGUAAUUGAUUUGUAUUUAGUUUUUUUAAAUACGGUUUAUAGCUCAAAAUAUAUGUAUGUUAUUUUAACAAGUUUAUUUUUCUAUGUUUUUUUUUCUUUUUAUUUUAAACAAUUCUUCAGUUCUUUUUGUAAAAUUUUAUAAAUAUUAAUAAAAGAAACUAUAUUUAUGUUAAAACUAAAUAAAUUAAAAUAAAAAAGAAUUAAUCAAA